AUGCCUGCAAACACUCGCAACACUCGAUCUAACCAAGUCUCGAGCCGAUCUACACGAACGGCUGCCAGCAAAGCACCCAAAGCACCUGCAACUCGCCCCACCACAAAGUCCCGCCGUCAAGGUACCAAGACAAACCCAUCAAACAAUAUCAGUACUCUCAAUGAGACCAUCACUAAUACGAAUGACGAUGAUGUGACUCGUAACCUCUCCAAUUCAAACAACGGUGUUGAAGAGCAAACGACUCGUAAUCAAGAUAUCACUGAUCAAACAACCAAUGACAAACAACAACAGUUGAAUCAACCUAAGACUUUUAUCUCGCGCUUCCCAGGAUUAGACCUCGAUACCUUUCACGAGCAUCUCGACGAGUGGACUUUGGUUAGACUCCGUGAAGCAAACGCAAAACAAGCUCCAAAGGGAACUAGGGCACCAACUGAGAUUAGAGCGGUGGUCAAAAGUAUCCGCUUAAAUUACGAGAAGCAGAUGCUCAUGGCUGCUUUGAUGGGAGGUCUUCAUGAGGUGGUGGUCUGGAACCUUGUGGGUGAAGGAUCUAAAAAAGCUCAUUUCAAUCCGUGGAUUCGAUUCCUAGCUUUUGGUGUUGAGGCUUUAAAGGAACCAUUACCCGAGAAAGCAGACUCAACUGGAUGGGCCUCUCGUAAUCGCAAGGUUGCAGAUCUCUGGAAAGCCCUCAGCGAUGACGAAAAAGACACAACGGAUAAUCCCACCUUUACUCAUAUAGAUGGCUCAACAGUUGCACCUCAGGUCCAUCCACUCACCGAGGCUGAGAAAUCAAAGUAUGAGCCUAUUUUCAAGAGGCUCGUGGAUGUGGAGAAGCUUCACAUCUGUCACGGAAAGCCUGAACCGACGCAAUCAAUUGCUACACUUCAAAAGAACUCAUUAGCGGCCUUGAAAAAAGCUCAUCAUGAUCGUUACCAGAUCACCUACUAUGCUACAGCUGUCAGCUGCGGUGACAUUGAAGGUUGGAUUCAAACUUAUUCAAAUAACACGCUGUUUGCGAAAUGGGCCACGGACGACAUGAAGAUACCCGGAAGUCUUUCUUCAUACGUCAAUGGAAAAAAAGCCGCUGAAGUAAUCGAAGGCAGCAAGGUACAGCAACCGAGUGAUGAACGUAGAACUAGACUGGGCAGGAUUUUGAAUGAAUUAGUUGAUGCCGUGACACCUAAGUGCUUCUUCCCAAAGAAGCCCGACCCUGAAGGCGAACUCAAAGAAAUCGGAUAUGGAGAAAGGCCAUUGUGGAGCUAG